AUGGCGGGCGAAGGCGGUACGGGUAAUUUUCUUAGCGCAGCUCUCGAUUUCGACCUCAAUGAGGAGUAUCAUGAUCUUCCAGACUGCCAACUGCCCAAUGCCCCGAUUGAUCUAACCGGGGACCGCGAUGCGGACAGGGAAUUCGAGGCAGCUGUUGGGGGCGAUGUGUUCCUGGAUGCUCAGGAGGAAUUUCCGGCCUCGAACCCUGAAGUCGGGGUCGAGGGAAAUGUGGCUGAGGGCGGAUUUCCGAGGGGCGGAAUUCCGAGGGGGGUGUUCAUCAAUCUCGCGGACGAUGACGAGGACCCCCACCGAGCGUUGUUUGAGGAGAAUUGGGAGGAAAAUGCUAGCCGAAGCCCAACCUCUGAAGAUAAUGCCACCUGUCGAAUUCUUUUUGUGGAACCGGCCCGUGGCAAUGCGAACGGCCCAGAAUCAGAGGCAUCGCCCCAUGGAAGUGCACAUGGUGUCGGAUCGUCGGCUGCGCCCGCGGGAAAUGCUGAGGGACAAGAACCACAGGUUGCGCCACAGGGAAAUGCGGAGGGGCAAGCAUCGCAGGCCGCGCCUCAGAGAAAUGCAGAUGGGCCAGCAUCAGCUACGCACGAGUCAGUUCGAAAACAGGCCGACGUGGCCAGCAGGAUUCGCCGCGCAAAGGUCCCCUACGAUUAUCUCGCGGCGAAAACCAGAAAAGACUACAUCCUGUAUUGGCUGCACUACAAGUGGUGGGUCAUCAUGUUCAUGUCAACGCUGCCCAAGACUGAGGUUCCGGCGGCGGAGCGUCUGGACCCGCUGAAUCCUGACGAGGUUGGAAGCCAUCUGGGGAACGACAAAAAGGCGGAGUGGUCAACUGUGGAUUUGGAUGAAGUUUAUCUCCACGGGCCCCGUGUUACUGGAUGGAGGAUUCAGAGGUUCCUGCGGUACAUGGCAGAGGAAACCCCCGCGCAGGCCGAGAUGAUGCGGAGAGGCGAAGAAGUGGUGGCUGGAAAGGAGCCCAUCCCUAGUACGCCGAGCAUGAUGAAGGCAAAGAUGAGCGCUUUGGGCUUCCUGGGUAGACUUGAAGCUCGACUCUACGACUACCCGAAGGCCCAAGCAGAUGAGUACAUCGGCGAAUCGCGGGAAUACAUGAAGCCCCCCGACCGCCAGAAGGAUCUCCCUGUGGUGGUUUUCGCCUCUCGAAAGUCCAAGACGAAUGCGACCAACAGGCUGACCCACCAAUUCUUGGCCCGGCACAUCAACUUCGCGCUCUGCGGUGUUGGUGGUCUUUUUCUGUGGAUUCAUUUCGUCUACGACCUCGUGCCACUGCGAUUCGGAGCGGACAUCAUUCCGCCACUGGACUUCAGCGACCCCCUUCAGUGGUCUAAGAAGCACAUUUUCUUCCCAUUGAGGCACGGAAGGGAACAACUGCAGGAAGAGCUUCCGUACGUGACUCACAACAACUGGAUUAAUUGGGUCAUGAACGACGUAGCGCGACCGCCCUGGCGGAUUAGCAAAAAGACCCAUGCGUUUCGCCGAUCGGGAGCCCAAGGCCUGAGUGACGAUCGCUGUCCCGACCCCGACAUCAACGCUCUCGGCGGCUGGGGGCAGGGCGAGAUGCGAAGAUCCUAUGUCGUGGGCGUUUUGUUUUGGCCGGUCUUGAUGAUGGCCGGAUUCAGUGGGGAGCCGGGAGAUUACUACAUCGGCAGAGCGCACGCUAAACUCGACAACGACACCGAGUGGAAACAGUUGCAAGACCUCUUCAAGCUGUUCAUCUUCCCGCGCCUCGAAUCUGAUUUGGCAAAGGUCGAUAAGUACAACCGCGAGAAUCCGGAUAAGCCGCACCACUCUGGCAGAAGUUUUUUGGAGGCUCUUGCAAACCCUGGGCGAGACAUCGUGGCACAGGACCUUGCCAUGUGGUGGUUCUACUGCCCCGAUCACGACCAUCUUUUCGACGGUACAAGACGGCCAUGCCAGUGCCCGCGCCACCCGUACACGGACAUGAAUCCGCUCUGCCGCCACCAUCUCUUCCAGAAAUGGGCCAUCAAAGUGGCAAUCAUGCACAAGGCUGGCAUUGAACUUCGUGAAGCCAGAGGCACCUCUGCAGCCGCUGAUGCGAUCUACAAGCUGAACUCAUCCCGAAAGUACCAGAAGCUCCUCGUAGAGAGCAACCUAUGGCGGACGGAAUGUGGUCAGAAGGAUCACGAGAUUGGCGUGCUGAAGAACAGGCUCGCUGAAACCGAAGAGAGGGAGAAGAAGACGGCCGCUGAAAACAAGCAGCUCAAAGAGGAGCUGGCUGCUCUAAAGGCGCGUGCAGAGAGCAGUGCGAACGCACAGGCUGCUGAUCGAGGGUCGGGCUCGUCGGCAAAGGAGGAAGCUGGUGGGGAGGCUCCGAAGCCUGGGAAGGCACAAGCCAGCACUCCAGUGCGGGCAUUUUUCGACCUUGUCGUUAAACCCUGGCGGGACUCGGAGUCGGUCGCAAAGGCAUGGGAGCACUGGGUGAAGGUGAUCUUUUUGAUGGAAGGGAAGACUCUCCGCCAGCUGUCGUCAGAAAAAAGUUUCUACCCCACUUUCUCGUACAUUGAGAAGGGUGUGAAGGACGAUACUGGCGACAAAAAAAUGAAGCGGAUGAGGAACGUGAUGCUCGCGGUCGAGAAAUACAGGGCUAACGAAAUGGAGGAGGCCACCCGAGAUGCCACUGCGAAGAUCGAGAAGGACGUGGUGGGUCGGAGUUCGAUUAGCGCACUGGCGGAUGGGGUGAUUCUCGGAAACGAGCCACCUCCGAAGAGGGAUAAUCCCGGCAAGGAUAAGACGACGGAGAACAAGCGCCGCAAGGUCGGGUACCUCCUCUUCGCCGCCCAGAUGGUGGGUGACGGGUGGGGAGAGAAGAUGUUUGGGAAAGAUGUUUGGAAGAAGAUCAAGAUCGAGGAGCCGAAGAAGCUGGCUAAACUGAAGAAGUAG